GCAGCCCUGUGCCAGCCCGCUUGGGCUCCUCCCCUUCAAGCCCAGCCCUUCUUCCCGCCUCCUCCCACCCAGGAUCCGCGUGGCCCGGCGCGCGCGCACUCAGGCUGGCGGGCGGCCGGCCUUGGCCGGGCAGUCACAGGCGAGGGGCAGGGCUGUGUCCCGGGCCCCGCCCCCUUUGGACCGGCGUCCCUACCGCGCCUGCGCGCUCCCGCCCGGUCUCCAUCUUGGAAUUGGGAGGAAGAGGGAGAGGGAGGCCGGGACGAGACGGGGCUGCGGUGCAGAGAAGCUGAGACCGAGAGGCUAGGGAGCGAAGGCGCGGGGACCGCCGGCAGCGCCCUGACCACAGCCCCUCAGCUGCUCCGGGGAAUAGGACGGGGACGGGAGGAGGCCAGGGCCGAGUGGGGGCUGUCACCCUCGGACCCCAGCGCGAGAGGGGCCGUGCGACCGGACGUCCUCGGGGUGGGCCCCUGCUCGGUGGCGGCAGACCCGGGGCUCAGGCCCCCGGGUCCCAGAUUUUGGGCCUUGGCCCCUCGCUUCUCAAAUACCCAGGCAUCAGCUAUCUGGGACUCAGGUCCCAGCCUUUACAAACCUGGGUCUCUGUUUUGUAGGAUUUCAAAUACCUGGGGCUCAGGACCCUGCGUGCACCAGUGUUCGGGGUUCACUCCCCAGACGUUCAAAUACCGGAUUCAUUUUUAGCUCGUGCACAUAUUUGGGGCUCAGACCCCACUAUCGGAAAUCCCGGAUUCAGCAACUGUCGCCCUCGAGUUGGGGGAGGACUGGACCGGGAGGUCAGAUCAGGUUGUCACCCCCUCCCCUCCAGGGGGGGCUUCCCGGGCCCGCCCCUCAGGAAGGGCGAAAGCGGAGGCAGAGGUGGCAAGGGGAAAGGUCUCCUUGCCCCUCUCCCUGCUUAGCAGAGCAGCUGGAGGACCCCAGGCGGAAGCGGAGGCUCUGGGGCACCAUAGUGAGCCCUACCAGGCAAGGCCCCAAUCUCAGGGCCCCCAGGGGCCAUCAUGCCAGCUGGGGGCCGGGCCGGGAGCCUGAAGGACCCUGAUGUAGCCGAACUCUUCUUCAAGGAUGACCCUGAAAAGCUCUUCUCUGACCUCCGGGAAAUUGGCCAUGGCAGUUUUGGAGCUGUGUACUUUGCCCGGGAUGUCCGAAACAAUGAGGUGGUGGCCAUCAAGAAGAUGUCCUAUAGUGGGAAGCAAUCAAAUGAGAAAUGGCAGGACAUCAUCAAGGAGGUGCGGUUCUUACAGAAGCUCCGGCAUCCCAAUACUAUUCAAUACCGGGGCUGUUACCUGAGGGAGCACACGGCUUGGCUGGUGAUGGAGUAUUGCCUGGGCUCAGCUUCUGAUCUUCUAGAAGUGCACAAGAAGCCCCUUCAGGAGGUGGAAAUUGCAGCGGUGACCCAUGGGGCACUACAGGGCCUGGCAUAUCUACACUCACACAACAUGAUCCAUAGGGAUGUGAAAGCUGGAAACAUCCUGCUGUCUGAGCCAGGCUUGGUGAAACUGGGGGACUUUGGCUCCGCAUCUAUCAUGGCACCUGCCAACUCCUUUGUGGGCACCCCAUACUGGAUGGCUCCGGAGGUGAUCCUGGCCAUGGAUGAAGGGCAAUAUGAUGGCAAGGUGGAUGUCUGGUCCUUGGGGAUAACCUGUAUCGAGCUGGCGGAGCGGAAACCACCACUGUUCAACAUGAAUGCAAUGAGUGCCUUAUACCACAUUGCACAGAAUGAGUCCCCUGCUCUCCAGUCAGGACACUGGUCUGAGUACUUCCGGAAUUUUGUUGAUUCCUGUCUUCAGAAAAUCCCUCAAGAUAGACCAACUUCAGAGAUUCUUCUAAAGCACCGCUUCGUGCUCCGGGAGAGGCCGCCCACAGUCAUUAUGGACCUCAUCCAGAGGACCAAGGAUGCUGUACGGGAGUUAGACAACCUGCAGUACCGCAAGAUGAAGAAGAUACUAUUCCAAGAGGCACCCAAUGGCCCUGGUGCUGAGGCCCCAGAGGAAGAGGAGCUCACACCCUGUUCACAGGAGGCAGAGCCCUACAUGCACAGAGCAGGGACAUUGACCAGUCUAGAGAGUAGCCACUCAGUGCCCAGCAUGUCCAUCAGUGCCUCCAGCCAGAGCAGUUCAGUCAACAGCCUAGCAGAUGCCUCUGACAAUGAGGAGGAAGAAGAAGAGGAGGAGGAGGAGGAAGAAGAGGAAGAGGAAGGCCCUGAAACCCGAGAGAUGGCCAUGAUGCAGGAGGGGGAGCAUACAGUCACUUCCCACAGCUCCAUCAUCCACCGGCUGCCGGGCUCAGACAACCUGUAUGAUGACCCCUAUCAGCCAGAGAUGACCCCAGGUCCACUCCAACCACCUGCAGCCCCAACUCCCACCUCCACCACUUCUUCUGCCCGCCGCCGGGCUUAUUGCCGCAACCGAGACCAUUUUGCCACCAUCCGUACUGCCUCCCUGGUCAGCCGUCAGAUCCAGGAACAUGAGCAAGACUCGGCCCUGCGGGAACAACUAAGUGGCUACAAGCGGAUGCGGCGUCAGCACCAGAAGCAGCUGCUGGCCCUGGAAUCCCGGCUGAGGGGUGAGCGAGAGGAGCACAGUGGGCGGCUGCAGCGGGAACUUGAAGCACAACGGGCUGGCUUUGGCGCUGAGGCUGAAAAGCUGGCGCGGCGACACCAGGCCAUUGGAGAGAAAGAGGCACGAGCUGCUCAGGCUGAGGAACGGAAGUUCCAACAGCACAUCCUUGGGCAGCAGAAGAAGGAGUUGGCAGCCCUGCUGGAGGCACAAAAGCGAACCUAUAAACUUCGGAAGGAACAGUUGAAGGAGGAGCUCCAGGAGAAUCCUAGUACACCUAAGCGGGAGAAGGCCGAGUGGCUACUGCGGCAGAAGGAGCAGCUGCAGCAGUGCCAGGCAGAGGAGGAAGCAGGGCUGCUGCGGCGGCAGCGCCAAUACUUUGAGCUACAGUGUCGCCAGUACAAGCGCAAGAUGCUGCUGGCCCGUCAUAGCCUAGACCAGGACCUGCUUCGAGAGGACUUGAACAAGAAACAGACACAGAAGGACUUGGAAUGUGCUCUGCUGUUGAGGCAGCAUGAGGCCACCCGAGAGCUGGAGCUGCGACAACUCCAGGCCGUACAGCGCACACGUGCUGAGCUCACCCGCCUCCAGCACCAGACAGAGUUGGGUAACCAGCUGGAAUACAACAAGCGACGGGAGCAAGAGUUACGACAGAAGCAUGCAGCCCAGGUUCGCCAGCAGCCCAAGAGCCUCAAAGUACGUGCAGGCCAGCGCCCCAUGGGCCUCCCCGAUACUGGGGCUCUGGGACCACUGAGCACAGGCACCCCUAGUGAAGAGCAGCCCUGCCCAUCUGGCCAGGAGGCAGUCCUGGACCAAAGGAUGCUGGCAGAGGAGAAAGCAGUGCCAGAGAGAAGGAUUCUGGGAAAGGAAGGGACCAUCUUGGAGCCAGAGGAGCUGAGGAUUCUGGGGGAAGAAUCAGGAACCUUUAGUCCCAGUCCACAAAAACAUAGGAGUCUGGUUGAUGAGGAAGAUUGGGGUAUACCUGAGGAAGAUAUGGAGGAGAUUAGAGUCCCAUCACCGGCACCCCAGGAGAGGAGUAUUGUUGGCCAGGAAGAGACUGGGGCAUGGAGUUUGUGGGGGAAGGAGGAUGGGAGCCUUGUGGAUGUGGAGUUCGAGCUUGGCUGGGUCCAGGGUCCUGCACUGACUCCAGUCCCUGAGGAGGAGGAGGAAGAGGAAGAGGGGGCUCCGAUUGGAACCCCUAGGGAUCCUGGGGAUGGUUGUCCUUCCCCAGACAUCCCUCCAGAGCCACCUCCGCCACAUCUGAGGCCGUGCCCUGCUAGCCAGCUCCCUGGACUCCUAUCUCAUGGCCUCCUAGCUGGCCUCUCCUUUGCAGUAGGGUCCUCUUCUGGCCUUCUGCCCCUACUCCUCCUGCUGCUACUCCCACUGCUGGCAGCCCAGGGUGGGGGUGGCUUGCAGGCAGCGCUGCUGGCCCUUGAAGUGGGACUAGUGGGCCUGGGGGCCUCCUACCUGCUCCUUUGUACAGCUCUACACCUGCCCCCGAGUCUGUUCUUACUCCUGGCCCAGGGUACUGCACUGGGGGCUGUCCUGGGCCUGAGCUGGCGCCGAGGCCUUAUGGGCGUGCCUCUAGGCCUUGGGGCUGCCUGGCUCCUAGCUUGGCCUAGCCUAGCUCUACCUCUGGCAGCUAUGGCAGCUGGGGGCAAAUGGGUGCGACAGCAAGGCCCACGGUUGCGCAGAGGCAUCUCUCGACUCUGGUUGCGGGUUCUACUGCGCCUGUCACCCAUGGCCUUCCGGGCCCUACAGGGCUGUGGGGCUGUGGGAGACCGGGGCCUGUUUGCACUCUACCCCAAGACCAACAAGAAUGGUUUCCGAAGCCGACUACCUGUCCCUUGGCCCGGUCAGGGAAAUCCUCGCACUGCUCAGCGCCCACUAGCUCUGUUGGCAAGGAUUUGGGCUCUGUGCAAGGGCUGGAACUGGCGCCUAGCACGGGCCAGCCACAGUUUAGCCUCUCACUUACCCCCCUGGGCCAUCCACACACUUGCCAGUUGGGGCCUGCUUAAGGGUGAACGACCCAGUCGGAUCCCUCGGCUGCUACCACGCAGCCAACGCCAGUUUGGGCUCCCUGCCUCCCCACAGCUACCACCAGGUACUGUAGCUGGGCGGAGAUCCCGGACCCGCAGGGCUCUGCCUCCUUGGAGGUAACCAAUUCCAACCCUAUUGAGAGCAUCGAGCACUUUAUCUCCCAUAACUCAGUGAAGUUUCUCCAGUCACCAGCCCUCUCCUCCCUUCUGACCCUUCUUCCUCAGUAUGUUUCCCCAGGCCCAGCCCCUGAGACCCCUAGACAGGCAGUCUCUUCUGCUAUGGAGUCCAGAAGUGACACUCUGUGUUCUCCCAACCCUUUAAGUUAUUACUGUUCCCCCUGCUGUGUGUGUGCUCAUCCUCACCCUCAUCGGCUCAGGCCUGGGGCCAGGGGUGGCAGGGAGGGAUGUCAUGGGGUUUUUUUGUUGUUUUUUCCCCUCUUUGAUUUUGUUUUUCUGUCUCCCUUCCAACCUGUCCCCUUCCCUCCCCCACCAAAAAGAAAAAAAAGAAAAAGACAAACACAAAUAAAAUAUCUGAGCGGAACUA